AUGCCGUCCCAAUUGUCCCUCAUUAUUGCGACCGAAACUGAAUAUCACAUUAUUAUCCGUAUUGACAGCCAAUGUAAAAACAUAAUCUAUAUUUAUGAUGUAGUCUCUGACUAUUACCGACUCAUGCAAGUGGCCAACGCGGCGAUUAUAAUUAAGUCAAAAGUUCUGACAGUUCUGAAGGGUCCAAAGGAGGACAAUCCUCCUCACGGAGGACGUUAUGGUCACCCUAUCAACAAUGUAACUGACUUAACACCCCCUCAAUCCCAACCCCUUCGAAAUUGUUUCCGAAGUCAAUCAAUACAAGCGUUUUUGCGAACGGUUGCAUUCAUUAGGUGCGGCAGCUUUUGGGGAAGUGCUGAAAAUUUAAGGGAUUGUAUGAAAGAAUUCCAUAAAUUGAAAAAAUUAUGUUCCCAUAGUCUGCAGAAUAUUCUUCAACACAAACCACAAGUAUUUGGUCGACAACCGGGAGAAUCGAUGAAUUCAAUCGAGUUUUACAUUUCGUGUCAUAUAUUCAAAGAGAUCUUAGAAUGCGUUCAAUAUUUACAUGAAUUGAAUCCUCCGGUUAUUCAUAGAGACCUCAAACCCGACAAUAUAUUGGUUGCGAAGACCGUAAGGAACGGCAGGUAUUUAAAGGUGGCUGACUUUGGGUUGGCUACUGUUCACCAGCACUCAUCAGGUAAGGGAGAUCUGAAAUAUCAGGCCCCAGAAGUGGGUCAGGGAGUGGUAUAUAACCAUAAGAUAGAUGUCUAG